AAAAAAAUGGACGCAGAGCUGAACAUCACCCUUGUGGAUGAUGGGAACUGGACUUUGCCCAAAGUGUCCAGAGAACACACCAUAUGCCGAAGCCGAAGCAACAUCACAUACGUUGGAUUUUACCUGCACAAGCCAUCAGUAGCAGCAAUCUUCAUAGUUUCAUACUUGCUCAUUUUCUUGGUCUGUAUGGUUGGCAAUGGAGUUGUGUGCUUUAUUGUCUUAAGGAGCAAGAAUAUGCGAACUGUCACCAACCUGUUUAUUCUCAACCUGGCUGUCAGUGACCUCCUCGUUGGGAUUUUUUGCAUGCCAACAACUCUUCUUGACAACAUUAUUACAGGGUGGCCUUUUGGAAGCAUGGUUUGCAAAAUGAGUGGUAUGGUCCAGGGCAUAUCUGUCUCUGCCUCUGUCUUUACUCUGGUUGCUAUUGCGGUUGACAGAUUCAGAUGCAUUGUUUAUCCCUUCAAGCAAAAGCUGACAAUAUCAACUGCCACACUCAUCAUUGUAAUCAUCUGGGUCCUGGCCGUAUCAAUCAUGUGCCCUUCUGGAGUCAUGCUUCAAGUGACCAAAGAGCAAACCAUUCGUGUCUUUCUUGGGGAUGGCAACAGGACAAGUCCUUUCUACUGGUGUCGAGAAAACUGGCCAAAUCAAGAGAUGAGAAAAAUAUAUACCACGGUUUUAUUUGCCAACAUAUACCUGGCCCCUCUGUCCCUAAUAGUGAUCAUGUAUGUGAGGAUUGGGAUCACUCUGUUCAAAAGUGUUGUGCCAACAGGUGGAAAACCUGGCCAUGACAACCGCCACGCUGUAUCCAAGAAGAAACAGAGAGUAAUCAAAAUGCUUCUUGUUGUGGCCUUCCUCUUCAUCUUGUCCUGGUUGCCUUUGUGGACGCUGAUGAUGCUUACUGAUUACGCCAAGCUUACAGAGGACCAGUAUAGGCUCAUUAACAUCUACAUUUACCCUUUUGCCCAUUGGCUAGCAUUCUUCAACAGCAGUGUCAAUCCAAUAAUUUAUGGUUUCUUCAAUGAGAAUUUCCGGCGUGGAUUUCAAGCAGUUUUUAAGUUCAACCAGUGCUCAGUGGGUGGGCAUCGACUGAAGACCUACUCACAUAGAAUGCAGAGUAACUCUGUGUUGCCAGCUAACCCUCGUCCCUCUACUGAGCCUCUCUCAUUGAACAGUGUGGACAACACCAGGGUCAACCAUGUGAAUGAACAAGACUUAGUCAUGGAGGACCUGGAAAAAGUAUCUGAAAGCAGUAUCGGGGGAGCUUCUCUCUAA